GUUUCCGCCGCCGUCACAUUUACAGGGGAGCGGCUCGUUCGGUCGGCACGGCGCUCCGUCUGGAAAGGCGCGUGGAAAAACACGCUUAGUCUAAUAAUAAGCACGCGUUUGUGCCCGUGACGGACGGUUUGCGCGGCGUUUGGAGGUAGGCUGGCUCCGCUCACCGGCGCGUAUAUAUAAACUCCGCCGUACAUAAUGGAGAACUCCUGCGCCUUUACGCACCGUAAACCGCUGGCGCGGCUGCUCGUUUACGCUUAUAGUAGCUAGCGUUUACUUUUCACGCGUGUCUCCAGUUGGUUUCUCUGCUCCAAUACCGGACGAGCGUGUUUUUGCCCGGGGCUGACCGGCUCCCCGUGACUCGCUUACUGUCGUUAAUACCGCCUUAUAAGCAGCCGGUUAUCUCCCGGCGUUACUUCACUGCUCCAUUGAAGACAUGUCUGCCAACAAGUUGUGAGCCUUUGUUUUGUUUUUGUUACGUGUGGCGAACUUUCCGUCGAAAAUGAAAUCGUCCCUGGCUCCCGGCAUACGACUCAUAACAUCGUUCUCAAGAGACACCGGGUUUCGUUAUUUCACCCUCUUCCUCACCUUCCUCUUCUACACGGCUUACCAUCUCUCUCGGAAACCCAUCAGCAUCGUUAAGAGUCAGCUGCACAGAAACUGCUCCAACGUCAUUCAACCAUCAGGCCUGAACAUAACCAAUAAUGACACGUGGUGUGACUGGGCGCCCUUUGACAAGGAGAACUACCAGACAUUGUUUGGGGUCCUGGAUAACUGCUUCCUGGUCGCCUACGCCAUUGGCAUGUUCAUCAGUGGGAUGUUUGGGGAGCGCCUGCCUCUCCGGUACUACCUGACUGUCGGGAUGCUGAGCAGCGGAUUAUUUACAGCUCUGUUUGGCCUCGGCUUUUAUUGGAACAUCCACUCGUUAGGUUACUACGCCUUCAUCCAGGUCAUGAACGGACUCAUGCAGACCACCGGCUGGCCGGCCGUGGUGGCUUGCGUCGGUAAUUGGUUUGGAAAGGGGAAGCGUGGCUUCAUCAUGGGCGUGUGGAACUCCCACACCUCAGUGGGAAACAUCUUAGGCUCCCUCAUUGCAGGAAUCUUUGUCUCGUCAGCCUGGGGGAUGUCCUUCAUCGUCCCUGGUCUCAUCAUCGCCUCCACUGGGGUUCUGUGCUUCUUCUUCCUCGUUGAGAAACCUGAAGAUGUUAACUGCGGCCUUCCUCAGCACCAUAGUGAUGUGGAGAGUAGUGAGACGCAGCCACUCCUGCACAACUCACCCGCUGUUGACCGAACCAUCAAUGGUUCCAUCAUCAACGAGCCGCCAGAGAUUGUUGAGGAGCAUGCUGAGGCAAUCAGCUUCUGUGGGGCCCUCAGGAUACCUGGAGUGGUGGAAUUCUCUCUCUGUCUGCUGUUUGCCAAGCUGGUCAGCUACACCUUCCUGUACUGGCUUCCUCUCUACAUUUCAAAUGUUGCACAUUUUGAGGCAAAGCAGGCAGGAGACAUGUCAACUCUAUUUGAUGCUGGAGGCAUUGUGGGAGGCAUUUUGGCAGGUCUUGUAUCUGACUACACUGGUGGAAGAGCAACAACUUGCUUCAUCAUGCUGGUUGGUGCUGCCCCCAUGCUUUUUGUCUACAACAGCAUUGGGCAACGGAGCCUUGGUACUACCAUCGGAAUGCUGCUGCUGUGUGGAGGCCUGGUGAAUGGACCGUACGCCCUCAUUACCACUGCUGUAUCUGCUGACCUGGGAACUCAUGAGAGUCUGAGAGGAAACUCCAGGGCACUGUCAACAGUGACAGCGAUUAUUGACGGGACUGGCUCAAUAGGAGCUGCACUGGGUCCUCUGCUAGCUGGUCUCAUCUCUCCCACCGGGUGGAACAAUGUCUUCUACAUGCUCAUCUCUGCCGACGUCUUGGCCUGUCUGUUUCUGUUCAGGCUUGUUUACAAGGAAGCUCAGGGUUGGUGUCGACGGGUCCCCAGAGAUUGAAUAUCACCCUCAGCUGUGAAUUUGAUUCAACAUAAAAGUUGAGAGGAAGCUGAAAUACUCACACAAUCAAGCUAAAAGAAGGAAACCACUGACCUCACUGUACCGUGGACCACGAAGCUGAAGAUCAGAAAAGUUCAAGGCACUAAUAAACCUUCUAGCCUUCUACUUAUUAUACAACACAGAGAAAUAUGUCUUAUAGAAUUUUUUUAUGACUAAUCUACUAAUUCUUACACAUUGAAAUAUUCUUAUUUCAUUAAACUGUAUAUACUGUCCAUUUUCUUAA